CAAAAUUUAAUAUCACAUUUAUUACAACAAAGAAAGUGCUUAAAUGUUAAAAGAGAAAAAAAAUGUUAAAGUGUAUCUUGAACGUUAAUUGUAACGGAUGUCCUCAAGUGCAAAUUGAAUCAUUUUCUGUUAUGUUUACUUUGUUUGAUAAUCUUAAUCGUGUAUAUGAGAUGUCAACAUUCCAUCCCAAGAACCCGUAUCCCAUGUCAGGGAAAUGCACUGAGCGCAGACUAAGCACAGAGAUGAAAUUAAUCGUCUUCCAUCCCCGGCUUACUUAACCGGAAGCAGGACUUCGCACCUUGGUUAUUGAUCCAACUGCAACAGUUUACUGAAAAAAAUCUCGACUUUAAAGAAACAGGAGAAAGAUCGCAGUUAUUGAGCAGUCGGUUUAAUUUGUUGUCUGAUUUUCAAAUGGAGGCCCGGAUGUUGUGGUAUUGAUGAAAUAGUGAAAAUACCGCCAAGUAAGGGCAGACGACAUUUACAGGUUCAUGGACGAAGAAUGAAAUCUUUAUUCAUUAACAAUAUCUUUUUAUAUCAUGUUUUCUUCCUCGUUGCGUCACAUAAAGUUCAAAGAUUUGAUGGAUGGUACAACAAUCUGGCUUAUCCCAACUGGGGUAGCGCAGGCGAAUCUCUUAUUCAUAAUAUAACGUCUGCUUACGUCGACCUGACCUACAUACCACGCCUGGAUGAUUUGCCCAGCGCCAGAGAUGUCAGCAACCUCCUCUUUCGACAGGACAUUGACAAUAGCACAGGACAUUCCAACAGAAAUGCCCUUUUUGCCUUCUUUGGUCAGGUUGUGACGUAUGAGAUCGUUGACAGUGAUCAAGCUUCCUGUCCGGCUGAACUUCUCACAAUACCUGUUCCAAAAUGUGAUGAAGCUUUCGAUAGCGAAUGCACAGGAAAUGGCGUCAUGCCAUAUGAAAGAAUAAAAUACAAUACGGACACUGGUCAAUCUCCGAAUAACCCUAGAAGACAGAUUAAUGCGGCCAGUAGUUACAUAGAUGCUAGUUUUGUAUACGGAACAAGCAGCGUGCGAGCUAGUUUCCUCAGACAUCCAGGUACCGGAAAACUAGCGUCGUUGGACUUAUGGGAGAAGUUUCCAGAUCUGAAUACAGUCAGACUUCCGUUCCUCUCGCUUCCUGACAAAGAUAACAAAAUCACAAAUCCAGAGACAUUAUGGAGAUUUGGUGACGAGCAUGUAUAUGAGAAUCCUGCUCUGUUAUCCUUUGGAGUUCUCUUUUUCCGAUAUCACAAUAAAAUGGUAGAGAGGAUAACGCGCCAAAAUGCCAAUAUCACAUCUGCUGUAGAUAUUUUCUACAAAGCCCGCCAACGGGUGACUGCUUCAUUACAGAAUAUUAUAAUGUACGAGUGGCUACCCAACCUUCUUAAUACGAAAGUUCCUCCCUACGAAGGAUACAAGGGCAACUUAGAGCCAGGAAUAACAGCAGUGUUUGAUGCAGCUGCAAUUCGCUACAUCCUUACGCUCAUACCUAUGGGCAUUCGAGUUCUAGAUGAUAGAUGUACCACGAAGAACAAAGUUCGACUGUGUACCUCUUAUUUUGAUUCUCAGGGUGUGUUGACCAACCACGAACAUGCUUUUGAAGACGUCAUGCGCGGAUUGCUUUUUCAAGCGGCUGAAAAAGAAGACAUGAAAAUAGUUCCUGAUAUACUAGAUAAAUACUUUGGACCUUUACACUACUCACGCCAAGAUCACGUGUCCUUUACCAUUAUGAAAGGGCGGGAUUACGGGCUUCCAGAUUACAACACUGUAAGAGAAGCUGUAGGACUUCGUCCAAUUAGAACAUUUGAAGACAUAAAUCCAAAUUUAGCGAGGGAAAAUCUAUUGUUGUUUAAUAAAACCCGUCAACUCUAUGGUGAUAUAAGCAAACUUGACGUUUUUGUUGGUGGGAUGCUGGAAACUAAUGAUGGACCUGGUGAACUUUUUACAACCAUCAUAAAGAACCAAUUCUAUAACAUUCGCCACGGGGACUGGUUUUGGUUUGAGAAUACCAAAUCAAAAAUAUUUACUGAUGAGGAGAUAGAAGAAAUAAAAAAUAUUAAAUUUUCUGACAUAUUGCUAUCUACAAGAACCCUAGAGCAUGAACAUGUUCCUAAGGAUGCAUUUGCCCUGUAUAAUCUAUCAGGGUGCAGUCCAGAGUAUCUUAGUGUGGAACAGCUGCCUUCCUGUCCAGAUCAUCAUGGAUACAAUUACUUCAAGGGGAGUGAAUUGUCCUUCAUCAUUUUGUGGACAUGCUUUGGGAUAAUUCCAUUUAUUUGCAUUUUAUCAGCGUACGCUGCAGCAAAAUGCAGGAAUUGGAAGCAUGAAAAAGUUGUACGAAAAAUGCAAACUAAGAUCAUGAAAACGGAAGGCAGAAGUAGUUUUACAGGAGGUGAAAGUAGUAAGUAUAUGGCAUACGAAUGGUUGGAUGAGAAGGAGGAUGAAAGAGCAGUUGUCAUAAAAGUCAAGCCUCGAUGUGAAAUCGAGGUUGAUAGUGUUACCGGAAGGAGAUUGCGCACAAUUAAGUUGUUCAACCAAGAGUCGGUUUAUAUGAUGACAUCAAGCAACAAAGGAAGAACAUACACAUCUAUUAAAGUCCCAAAAGAAUACGACCUGGUACUGAAGUUUAACAACAGUACUAAUCGUCAGCUUUUUGAAAAUGAAGUGACUCGAGCACUUGAAUCCAAUCAAAUACAAUGUAACGUCGUUGAGGAACGAGCGCAAUAUAUUCUGAAAAGCGCAUUUACUCAAAAGAAAAGAAAUCAAAGACUCGAGAAGUUUUUUAAAACUGUAUUUUCAGAGGCAUUUCAGAUGGAUUAUGAUCCAAAUUUAGAAGAUGAUCAAUUAGAGAGACAGCAAACAAACGAAAUUCUUGAGACCGAAUUAACUAAGGAGGAAUUUGCACAAGCGUUAGCCGUGAAACCUAAUUCAGAGUUUGUCGAAAACAUGUUUACCAUGCUAGAUACAGAUAGAAAUGGUUAUAUCUCCUUCAGAGACUUUUUACACAUGGUUGUUAUUUUUUCUAAAGGCUCUUGCCAAGAAAAAUUACAAACAAUAUUUGGUAUGUUUGACGUAGAAGGAAGGGGUAUUCUACAAAAAGCAGAUCUAACACGAAUGUUCAGUUCUUUACUAGACAUGGCAAACAGUAACCUCACCAAAGACUCCGUCAAAACGUUGAUUGAGUCUAUCUGCAGAGAACACGGGUUAGAAGAACACACUGAAAUAAAUUUUGAAAACUUCUGUCAGAUCCUUUCGCCACAGAUGGAUAAAUUGUGGAAUGCUGGGUUAGAUUGGAAAGGAAGACGAAAAUGCUUACCUAAUAACAAUGAGAAGAAGAGAGGAUCAGAAAAUGGUCGUCGUCGUCCAUCUGCCUCGCAUGAUAUCAUUAAAAGAAAGGGAAGUCUGGCCUCAUUAUCUCAGGCAACAGAUGAAGACGGCAAUCGAACACCAACCGAUUCUCGUAGAAGUUCAGAUGUUCGUACCAGGUUUAUCGCCAUCAGAGAAGAAUACCAUCCGGCCAAGGCAAAAUUGAAGACUUUCACGCACUUCAUAGAAAACAACAGACAACACAUCUUCUUUCUCGUCAUCUUUUUCGGGGCAACUUUUGCACUUUUUGCAGAGAGAUUCUACCACUAUACGGUAGAACGGGAGCACAGCGGACUGCGCAUGAUCAUGAGCUACGGCAUCUCAAUUACACGUGGUGCAGCGGCGGCAAUGUCUUUCACAUUCUCUAUUCUAUUACUGACAAUGUGCCGCAACCUUAUCACUUGGCUACGAGGGACCUUCCUAAAUCUGUAUGUCCCGUUUGAUUCCCAUGUUGCCUUCCACAAAGUGGUUGCUUGGACUGCUUUAUUCUUUACAUGUCUACAUAUCAUUGGUUACGGAUUCAAUUUUUAUCAUCUAGCAACUCAACCAACAUCACACCUAUGCAUCUUUGAUUCAAUAGUACUUAGAUCUGAGUUUCAACCUACUUUUAACUUUUGGUUUUUCGGGAAUAUGACAGGUUUUACUGGCGUGCUUUUAGUUAUAUGUAUCUGCAUAAUCUACGUAUAUGCCACCCAAACGGCGAGACGUCUGAUUUUCAACGGCUUUUGGUUGACCCACAAACUAAUUGUGGUUAUGUAUAUAUUAACCAUUUUACAUGGGGCUUCUACCAUCGUCCAAAAACCAAUGUUCUUUGCUUACUUCAUUGGACCAGCCAUUCUCUUCACCAUAGACAAAAUGAUAAGCAUGAGCCGAAAGAAAACCGAAUUGGCUGUGAUCAGAGCAGAAAAGUUACCUUCAGACAUAACCCACAUCGAGUUCAAGAGACCCGCAAAUUUUGACUAUCAAUCUGGACAAUGGGUUCGAAUCGCCUGCCUGACUCACGGAGCGAACGAAUACCAUCCGUUCACAUUGACGUCUGCUCCACAUGAAGACACACUGUCACUCCACAUCCGGGCACUUGGUCCCUGGACAUGGAACAUCCGCCAGGAGUUCGAUCCCGAGAAUCACAGAGACGGUUCUUAUCCUCAUAUAUACUUAGAUGGGCCGUAUGGUGCCGGACAACAGGAUUGGUACCAAUACGAAGUGUCUGUUCUGGUUGGGGCAGGAAUUGGGGUAACACCCUAUGCCUCCAUACUUAAAGACUUCGUUCACAUGGCCUCCAUCAAAAACAUGUUUAAAAUGAAAUGCCAGAAGUUGUACUUUAUUUGGGUGACUGGAAGUCAGCGUCACUUUGAAUGGUUAUUGGACAUCAUUAGGGAAGUAGAAGAUGUUGACGAGAAAGGCCUAGUAUCUGUGGACAUUUUCAUCACACAAUUCUUCCAACAAUUCGACAUGAGAACAGCUAUGCUGUAUAUAUGUGAGGAGCAUUUCCAAAAGCUCUCUGGUGGACGCAGUGUUUUCACCGGACUUAAAGCAAACACCCACUUCGGAAGACCUCAGCUCAAUAGUAUGUUUAAUGCUGUGCAUAGAGCUCAUCCGACGGUGAAAAAGAUUGGUGUGUUCAGUUGUGGACCACCAGGAAUAACAAAGAGCGUAGAGCGGGGUUGUAUUGAGGCCAGCAAUAGUACAAGAGCGCUGUUCGAACACCACUUUGAAAACUUUUAAUCUCAAAAUUUUGCCAGUUUAAUAACUAUAUAUUGUACGAGAGUUUUUCUCUUUAGCUUAAAAGUAGUUUGAUGAUUUAUUUUAUGAAUUUGUACCUAGUCAUUAAUGCUGUAUACAAUUAGUUUUCGCCCAAUUUUUUUUUUUCAGUAAUUAUGAAGUCAUUGUAUAUUUUUUCACCUUUUUAUUAGAAUAUCCAAAGAACUGGUGCAAUCUGGCAAGCAUGUCAUGCAUAUUGUUAGUUAAAGUAGUGCCAUAUAUAUUUUAUCGAAGUGCCAAAUCUGAAAAUAUUUAACAAAACUGAUGAUACGUAGUUUUUCGAGCAUUUAUUAAACUUUUUUCUCAAAUUAAAGAAGUACACUGUACUUCAACAAAAUUUGAAUAUGAUUUUUUUAUUACUAAGUAAACACAUUAAAUAAUCUUUUAAAAUGCAAUGCAACUGACUUGUUCACAGUUGUUAAAAAAUACAUGUAUGUAUAUGUGCGUACAUGUGCAUUUGGGGGUUACAUUAGGUCAUUAAUUUUGGUCAAUUGCAUAAAAC